UCGCCGCUAUUCUCCUUCUCUCUUUCUUUUAAUCUGCUGUGUUUUUUUUCGUGGAAAUCUCAAGCAAAAUCUGGGAAACACCAACCCCACAACCUGGUAAUUUCUUCCGGGGAGGCUGUCCCUGAUUUUAUAGGCCAGAUUCUGAAAUCCUCUGUAAUCCUGACUGUGGAAGAAUGAGGAUCUAAAGCAUGGCAUCAUCUGACCCGCUUAUGGCUCCUGGAGGCAGUGCUUUGAAAGAAGUCCAAGAAUCUAACUCAACCGCCAUGGAUUACGAUGUUAAAACGGCAAAAGCAGAGACUAACAGUAAACCGACAAGGUCGGGUAGUGCUGGCGGUGUCAGUAAAUACGGGAUUCAUUCCAACCAUUGCGUUUAUGAGCUCCUCGAAUGUCCUGUUUGUACGAAUCUGAUGUACCCUCCAAUUCAUCAGUGUCCGAAUGGCCACACACUUUGUUCAAACUGCAAGAUCAGAGUGCAGAACCUGUGCCCGACAUGCCGCUACGAGCUGGGAAACAUAAGGUGUUUGGCCCUCGAGAAAGUUGCGGAAUCUUUGGAAGUUUCAUGCCGGUACCAAAGCCUCGGAUGCCAUGACAUUUUCCCUUACUACAGCAAGCUCAAGCACGAGCAGCAUUGCGGGUUUCGUCCUUACACCUGCCCUUACGCUGGAUCCGAGUGUUCGGUCACUGGAGAUAUCCCGACACUCGUUUCUCAUCUCAAGGACGAUCAUAAGGUCGAUAUGCAUGAUGGGUGCACCUUCAACCACCGGUAUGUGAAGGCAAAUCCACAUGAGGUCGAGAAUGCUACCUGGAUGCUUACGGUAUUCAACUGCUUCGGGAGGCAGUUCUGCUUGCACUUUGAGGCGUUCCAGCUCGGGAUGGCGCCAGUUUACAUGGCGUUUCUACGGUUUAUGGGAGACGAGAAGGAAGCGAAGAGAUUCAGCUACAGCUUGGAAGUAGGGGGGAACGGGCGGAAGCUGACGUGGCAAGGGAUUCCGAGAAGCAUUCGAGACAGUCACAGGAAAGUCCGAGACAGCCAGGACGGCCUUAUCGUACCGAGGAACCUGGCAUUGUAUUUCUCCGGCGGUGGGGACAGGCAAGAGCUCAAGCUGAGAGUCACUGGUCGGAUAUGGAAGGAAGAAUAGCUUAUCCGAAAUGCCAAACAAGCGGUCUCUUGAAUGAUUUUGAUCAAAACCCCGAUAUUGUACAUAACAUUGGAUGAGAGAAAGUGAAAAGAGACAAGAAGAAAUCCGCCAUGGUUUGGGUUCUGUGGAGAAAGAGACAGGACCAGACAUGAAGCUUGAAGAGAAAGAAACACGACAGAGAGAAAAGACACGAGUGUUUGGUUAUGUUCUCGAUGCACAACAAUGUCGAAUCAAGUUUGGUGAUGAUUGAAUCAAAAUUCUAAGCUUCUAUUUGCCUU